GUGUGUGUGAGAGAGAGAGAGAGAAGAAGAAGAAGAAGAAGAAGAAGAAGAAGAAAUGGGGAGAGAGGUAUCAGAGAGUUGCGUGGACAGUUUGGUGAUAGAGAUGGUUUCAGCCUACUGCAAUCGAUUCUACGCUUCCAAGCCAGAGCUCGCAGCUCCGAGGAUCGAGGCCAUUGGUUAUCAAGUCGGUCACCAGCUGUCAGAGAGGUAUACCAUAGAAAGGCCUAGGUUCAGUGAUCAUCUAGAAGCAAUCAAGUUCAUUUGCAAAGAUUUCUGGUCAGAACUCUUUAAGAAGCAGAUUGACAAUUUAAAGACCAAUCAUAGGGGUACAUUUGUAUUGCAAGACAACCGGUUCCGUUGGCUGACACGUGUGUCAAUUGAUCCAUCACCAGCCAACACUGAUCUGUCUCAAGAACCUUCUUUGGCUACAGAUGAGAGCAAGACUGCACAAGCAACAAGCAUGCAUCUAUACUUCCCAUGCGGGAUCAUAAGGGGAGCACUUUCAAAUUUGGGUAUUCCUUGUGCAGUUUCUGCAGACAUAUCCAACCUUCCUGCAUGUUCAUUUGUGGUCCGAAUAAAGGCUUGAUGAAUGUUUUAUGGAGGAGGGAGAAGGGAAAAGGGGAAAUUAGCAGAAUGGCGGUUACGUCGUUGCUUUAGCCGUGGCUUCUCAUUGACAGGGAUUCUGAAUGGUGCUCAUCUCUACAGUAGCUUGAUUUAUAUUUUCUUGUGUGGUACAUUGGUUGAAGGAUAUUUGCAAUACUUCAUUCAUAAUAUCCAAAAUACAGAACCUCCCUUUCUCUCUCUC